CUCUAUGCUUUACUUAUAGAAGUUCAGCCAUCAACCCGUUGACAGUGUAAUCUUCCCGCAAAAAGUACCAGCUCUUUCGUUGUUCGCGCAGCUGUAAAUCAACUCUAUGUUUUCAACGGGAUCCACGAUUUCGCCGCACGCCGGGAAGUAUCGGAGCAUGCCCUUUCCGAUUCGCGAGCCUUUAACUUUCUCAAACCACAUUUUUCCUUGCCUACUUCAUUCGUGUUUCCUUUAUUAUGCUUGCUGCUCGUCAGUAUAGUCGCCAUGUUCUUCUCAGAAAUCCGCAGGCCGUACGUUUUCUGAGCAUAAGCUCGACUCAGAAGCAGCAGUAUCGGGUCGAGAAGGACACAUUUGGAGAGCUUCGGGUGCCUGCCGACAAGUAUUGGGGAGCACAGACCCAGCGCUCUCUGCAAAACUUCGAUAUCGGAGGCCCCUCGGAGCGUCUUCCUCCCCCAUUAAUCAAAGCUUUCGCAACCCUAAAAAAGGCCGCAUCUAUAGUCAAUACUGGUUAUGGCAUGGAUCCUAAGAUUGGCGAGGCUAUUCAACAAGCUGCUGACGAUGUCAUUUCUGGCGAACUCAUGGACCACUUCCCGUUAGUCGUCUUCCAAACCGGAAGCGGUACCCAGAGCAACAUGAAUGUCAAUGAGGUCAUAUCGAACCGUGCUAUCGAAAUUCUCGGUGGCGAAUUAGGUUCAAAAAAACCUGUUCAUCCUAAUGACCAUGUCAAUAUGAGCCAGAGCAGUAACGACACAUUCCCCACAGCUAUGCACGUCGCUGCCGUAACCGAAAUUCAUCAUUCCCUUCUACCAGCACUCACAGAGCUACGCGAUGCCAUGGAUACUAAGGCGAAGGCUUUUGACCACAUCAUCAAAAUUGGUCGUACGCAUUUACAGGAUGCAACACCUUUAACCCUUGGUCAAGAAUUCAGCGGCUACGUCCAACAACUUACCAAUGGCAUUGCUCGUAUCGAAGGCGUUCUUCCUCGUUUGAGCCUUUUGGCACAAGGAGGAACUGCCGUAGGCACUGGAUUGAACACUAAGAAAGGUUUCGACGUUAAAGUAGCUGCCGAAAUAUCAAAACUCACAGGUCUUGAGUUCAAGACGGCGCCCAACAAGUUCGAAGCACUUGCUUCUCAUGAUGCUAUGGUUGAGACGCACGGUGCUCUCAACGUAGUUGCUUGCUCGCUCAUGAAAAUUGCCAAUGACAUUCGCUACCUUGGUUCCGGACCCCGAUGUGGCCUGGGUGAAUUGAGCUUGCCCGAGAACGAACCCGGCAGUAGCAUUAUGCCUGGUAAAGUCAAUCCGACUCAAUGCGAGGCGCUUACAAUGGUCGCUGCUCAAGUCAUGGGAAAUCAGACGGCUGUUAGCAUAGCAGGUGCCAGUGGGCAAUUCGAAUUGAACGUAUUCAAACCUGUUAUCAUCAAGAACGUGUUGCAGAGUAUCCGCUUACUGGCCGACGGCUCUCGCUCCUUCACCAAGAACUGCGUUGUUGGUAUCCAGGCCAAUGAAAGCAGGAUUAACAGUCUUCUCAACGAGUCCCUAAUGCUAGCCACCAUCCUGAACAGUCAUCUCGGAUACGACAACGUUGCCAAAUGUGCGAAGAAAGCUCACAAAGAGGGAACUACAUUGAAAGAAGCUACCGUUGCUCUUGGAUUCCUUACUCCCGAGGAAUUCGACGAGAAAGUUCGACCAGAAUUCAUGCUUCACCCAGACCCCUAGAUUGGUAUAAUAAUAUAGUCACUCGUAUAUAUUGGAGCCGAAAUCAUAAUAACAUUCGAUCAACGGCGGUUGGCGGUGUCCUAGUUUCAGUAGAUUCGACAAGAACAGCAUGAUGGGAUUUGUGAAACUAAAACUCCCAAAAUAAAAGGCUGAAAGAGCAGUUACGCUAUGAAAAGUAUAGGCAAAAAGAACGUUGGGAAUGAGGACGAAACGAAAAGAAGAGUUGUGACAGAGGAAGAAGUAUUUUGAGAGAACUACGCCUGAUAUGGACAACGUGAAUUG